GCAUCACCCUAAACCCUAAAAAGAUCUCAUCGCCGUUCGUCUUUGGUGCUCCUCCUCACUUUUGUCUCUCUUGUUCCAGAAGAAUCAGCACAGCUCUAAAAAAAGCUUUAAAAUGUCAACUCGGCCUGAGCUGCUAGCGCCGCCGGAGAUAUUCUACGAUGAUUCCGAGGCUCGCAAGUAUACUUCCUCCUCACGUAUCGUCGAAAUUCAGGCGAGGUUGUCUGAGAGAGCUUUGGAGCUUCUUGCUUUGCCUGAAGAUGAUGUUCCUAGAUUCUUACUCGAUAUUGGUUGUGGAUCUGGCCUGAGCGGGGAAACAAUCUCUGAAAAUGGGCACCACUGGAUUGGUCUUGACAUUUCAGCCUCAAUGCUUAACGUUGCUGUUGAACGAGAAGUUGAGGGUGAUCUUUUACUUGGUGAUAUGGGUCAGGGAUUAGGUCUCCGUGCAGGAGUCAUAGACGGAGCCAUCAGUAUAUCCGCUGUUCAGUGGUUAUGCAAUGCGGACAAGUCAUCGCAUGAACCUCGUUUGAGGCUAAAGGCUUUUUUUGGGUCACUAUACCGAUGCUUAUCAAGAGGAGCAAGGGCAGUUUUCCAAGUGUACCCUGAGAGUAUCGCUCAGCGUGAGUUGAUUCUUGGCCAGGCCUUAAAAGCUGGAUUUGGUGGUGGACUCGUUGUUGACUACCCUCACAGUACUAAGAAGAGAAAAGAGUUCCUGGUCCUCACAUGCGGUUCGGUUCCAACCAGUAUUAACGAUGGGCAUAAAGACUCGGAUGAUGACGACGAUGAUAGCGAAGACGAAGAGAAUGGAAUGGUAUGUGUGUCGGAUAGGAAUAGGCCAAGGAAGAAGCAGAGAACGAACAAGAAAGGGAAAGGAAGGGAAUGGGUUUUGAGGAAGAAGGAACAAAGUAGAAGGAAAGGAAACGAUGUUCCUGCUGAUUCCAAGUACACCGCUAGGAAACGCAAGUCGCGUUUCUGAUUUUUUUUUCUUACUACUAGUUUUUGAAAACGCUAAUCUAUAGCGUUUUCAUUAUGUUUUGUCGUUGAAAGAUGAGAUACCGAACGUCCUUACUGUUUCUACAUUUUUGUGCGCUACCCAAAACCUGUGUGGCUACUUGUAAUAUGCAUCAAUUUUUAUCCU